AUGUCUCCUUACCGGUUAGUUUUUGGUAAGGCAUGUCAUUUGCCCAUUGAGUUGGAGCAUAGAGCUAUGUGGGCCAUUAAGAAGUUUAACUUUGAUAUGGUCACUGCCGGGUUACAUCGUGAGCUCCAACUUGCUGAAUUGGAAGAGUUGCGCAAUGAAGCAUCUGAGAGUGCACAUAUAUAUAAGGAUAGGACUAUGGCAUUUCAUGAUAAACACAUUGUUAGAAAGCCCCUUGAAGUUGGUCAAAAAGUGUGGCUCUUUAAUUCUAGACUUAAACUUUUCCAGGGCAAGUUGAGGUCACGAUGGGAUGGUCCAUAUGUUGAUACUCGUAUUUUCCCCCAUGGGGUAGUAGAGUUUAACGAUCCACGUGUUGGUAAUGUUUUCAAGGUCAAUGGCCAAAGACUUAAACCUUAUGGGGAAGGAAUUGGUGAUGGCGUGGUAGAUGGUGCCACGAUGGAGUCCAUUACUUUGAUGGACCCAAUUUAUAUAGAUUAG